AGCAGCACCAGCAGCACCACCACCACCACCACCACCACCACCAGCACCACCACCACCACCACCACCCAUUGAGCCCGAAUUGAGACCAGUUUAGCAAAGACACUGAGCACAUGAAAAAGUUCAGGUGGAAAGGUUAGCUGUCAGUACAUCGCGAAACAACAACCAUGUCCGCAGCUUUCUAUGUUUGCUUUCUCUUUUGGUGCCACCGAAACUGCGUUGUCGGAGAGGAGUUGGCACCACCACAGGAUGUGAUAAUGAUCACCAUGAACACCAAUUACACACUGAGCUGGGACUGGGACCAGAAUCCUGCAGAUAGUCACGCUGUCACCUUCACCACACAAUAUGUCGGGAAGUACAAGCUGAAGUCCAAGAGAAGGAACCCAGACUGGUCCACAGCAUGUGAGGAGACAUCACACAGGUCAUGUGACCUCACUGCAUUCGAAUUGCACUACUUGGGCAUCUACAUGCUUCGUGUACGAGCCAACGUGAAUGGGCGUCACUCCAUUUGGGUGUUGUUGGAAUUCUGCCCUGAUAAAGAUGCUGCUGUGGGUCCUCCAGCUGAAGUGGACCUUGCUCCUGCUGGAAGUGACCUUGAUGUUUUCAUCUCUGACCCUCUGACCAGCACCAACAGCUCCAUGAAGGACAAUCUUCCUAAUAUGUACUACCACAUCCUCUACUGGGAGCGCUCUGCAGACACACAGGAAUUAAGACCCCAGACGUUAAGCAGCAGUACCAACAUGGUUACUUUGCCAAACCUUAAGGCCUGGACAUGGUAUUGUGUGAGCAUCCAGUCACGCUACGAUUUCUACAACAAGAGCAGCAGCUUCACCUCACCCCAGUGUAUGCAGACAGAAGGUGAUACUCCAUGGUGGCAGAUUUUACUGUACUUCCUGGGCUCUCUGGUGAUCUGCUUCCUGGUCAUGUUACUCUCACUCUAUAGCUCCUUUUGGUGCUACAAGACCCUCAAAGCAACAUUGUACCCGUCCAACCAGCUGCCUACACACUUCAAGGAGUAUCUUUGUGACUCUCCUGGCUCUGACAUUCCUCGCCUCCUCACUCCGGAUUCAGAAUCAGAGCUGCUGUGUGAUAAGGUGACUGUCUGUGCAGAGCCAGUGGUGCUGGAAAUCCACCACCCUCCUCCUGAGGCCAUGCCAGUUCUUCCAUCAGGACUGGAGCCAGACAGCAGUGGCAGACACAGUCGUCAGGACAGCAGCAGCAGUGGAGACUCAGGAGUUUACUCCACAGGGGGCAGUUCCAACUUGCGGGAACCCAACAGCAGUCAAUCCUUCACAUGGGCUGAACUCUUCUGGAAGGGCCCGUUUGACCCGGAGCACGUAAAGAUGCAGGAAAUUACUCCAGGGCUCAAGAGUCAAGCUCUGAUCGGAGAUGACGGCAUUGUAAACAUGUGUGUCUGAAGGUAUGCAUGGGAAAAUACAGAGACAUGAAGCCAGAACGAUGUUAAGGAAGAUGGAGGUUUGUGGAAAAUGUACAGUGUGCCUUUUCUCCAACUGUCACUGUGAAACAAGAAGAAACAAGGAAAAAAGUAGGGAAAAAGAACUACUAGAAAAAACAAGAUCAUGAGUGACAUACUCACACAAAGAACAAAACUGAUCUGCUGUGGUGUCACUCAACGUUUCUAAACUCCAAAAACGAAGGGUAGAGUCAUGCUGAUGACAUACCAUUUCAGUGCUGACAUAUCUCUCUUUAAAAAUACUUAUGAAGAUCCGGAUACUUGUGUUACCUACAUUUUGGUACCAACCAGGAAAUACUUUUAGUGCUGAUUUAAAUAUGUUGUGUUCCCUUCACCACAUCUUCAAGAACCAUUGUUUUAGCCCUGCAUUCAUACUAUGAAUGGUCGACAUGUCGCUCUAAUCUGUGACUGAAAGGAUUAGAGUAUAUAUGUGUAACAGUCUGCAUUAAUAAUGGUUUGAGAGUUAAAUAGUAUUUUUUUUAUCUCUUCUAUUGUCGCAUUACUUUAAUGAGACAACAAAAGUAGCUGAUUAGGUAACAAUAAUUGUUACCUAAUCAGUUGUUCUCAAAGCACUGUUGAAGUUGCAGAGAAGAGAGUCAGACCCAAUUUGAUAUAGACCUGAGGAUAAUUAAACCUGGUCCAAAAUGUACUGCACCACUGGCAACGACAUGAUGAGUCACACUUUAAUAUGCAGCUGUGUUGAAAAGAGCUAGGUCACAUGUAAUUUUACUGGACACAGUUAACACUCUUGCUGCCUCAAAAAACAAAUUUCUCUCCUGUGACGAGUACAACAUAUUGACACACAGACUAAAUAGAACAGGACCCUAUAUAGCCUGAUUAGACCCAAUAUAAUUUGGACCCAGCCAGACCUUAGUUCUGUGUUGGGGCUUGUUUACUGGGAACUAAGUGGACUUGUGAAGACCUCUUCUGUAGUGGCAACAUUUGGAAGUUCAAGUCAUGUGACAACCUGGAGCCAAGAAAGACAAUUCUGCCACGAACAUUGAUUACAGGAUUGUAAAACAUUGAAUAAAGAUUUUCUGAAAAUUACUUGCAGUCAGAAUUUUGUCAUAUCAAAAUAUUUUUGCUCCAUACUUUUUCUCUGUAUGGAACUGACUGGACACUGUUGAACAGACUAAUGGCUGGCAGCCAAAAAGGUUGUGGUGUCUGACCUGUGGAUAAUGUUGCUUCAAGUUUGAACAUAUAAUUAGAGAUACUUUUCUGUGCUCAGCUUUGUUGUGUGGCAUUGAGACGAAAGGUAGGAGUAUGUACUUGUAGCGUAUAGAUGUUUGAAUAAUUUAGCUCCUUUUUUUUGAAAAUCCCACGUCAUGGCUCAUAGACACGCACAUGGAUCUUUUGCACUCUUGCAGUGUACAGCUGUCUUACCAACACCUUUCACCACUGGAGUUUGACAGCUGAAAAUACCAAUAAUGUCAACAUGGAUGUCAUCCUGACAGGUUAUCAAAGAUACAAACAAGAAAUUAAAAUUUGAUCCAUCAAUAAUCUGUUACAUGGAAGAGGUAAAAUGGAAUGGAAGAAAAGUGAGGAAUAAGAUUGGUAGCAUACCCUGCUUGUUUGCUUUUUCUAUGUUUAUACUCCUUUAGACCUGCCUCCAUUGUAUGCACCAUGUCCAAGCUGAGAAUAGUUGGUGUCAGUGCGAGGAAAGGACAUAAAUGUAACGUAGAGUUUCUACAUAUAGUCAUGUAAAUAUACUGUAUGUCUCAGGCAGUGCUGGUCAUUGCCAGUUAAGGGUAUGACCUACUGACAGUGAUGUUUAAAAUGAUUCUGUUGUUCAACGUUUUGCUAAAAUGUCUCAUGUUGUUUAGAAGAACUGUAAUAAAGAAAUUCAUUUUAAACAGGAUAGUUUGACCUAAAUAUUUCUAUUAAUAUCCACCAGUCCAUCCAGAACAGCUACUUGCUAAAAUUUCUCCACUUUCAUCUUCUAAAUAGUUGUGUUGUUUGAAAGGACAUAGAUAAGAAUUUAUCUGUCCUGUCAUUUUUCUAAGACAUUCAGUAUGAAAUAAUUCCAGAGGAAUUAGUCACUAUUAGGAAAGCAAAAGUUUUCUUUUUUUGUGGUCAUAUUUGUGCGUGUGUCUGAGAAAAGCUUGCAGUAAUUUUAACACAAGCAUUAAAUAUGUGAAGAUUCUCAGUCAUUUGGUCAUGGUAUUUCUAAGUAAGGCAACUGGACAUGCUUCUCAAGCCAGUCCAGUCGCCUUCAUAUAGAAUUUAGGAAAAAUCAGUUUUAUUCUUCCAUUUAUGAAUCUCUCAGAAUCUUGUUGCCAUUUCGUUUUGUUUGUUCUCAGGCCUUAUUUUUUUGUAUCAAAGAUUUUUUUUUUCAGAAUUUUGAUUGGAGCCUUGUUAUUUCCAUGUCUGAUCAUCUUUAAUGUUUGUUUUUAUUUAUGUUUUGAAACUUGUUUGUAACAGAACUUGAAUCAGCACACUUUAAGUUCUAUGUACAGUUACAGUUAUCCCUGUAUGCUUUCAUCUCUCUCAAGUUUUACCUCGGUCCAAGAUCACUUAUUCUGUGACUUCACAUUCAACAAUGACAGAAGGAAUCUUAGCAAACUUAUUGUGUGAAAUAAGUUCGUUCUUGUUGCACAAUUUCCAAUCUGCAUUGCCUCAACAUCUUACCACUCUUUGUUGCAAUGAUAGUUGAAAUUGUAUAUAAGCCUCUUGUGAAGCAGUAUACUGGUGAAUCUACAGCACCCAUGUUAAUGGACAAUCAUAAAAAUGAAAUAAAUCAC